GAUUGGUGGCCUCGACAGAGCGCGGAGCGAGAACAGCACACACCAUGGUCACCCUCGCGGCCGUCGAGGGCGGCGGUACGACCUUCGUGUGCGCCAUCGCCAAAGACACGGCCUCGAACAUCGUUGACCGCGUCAUCUUCCCGACGACGACGCCCGAGGAGACGCUGGGCAAGUGCCGCGAGUGGCUCCUCGCUCGGUCCUUCGACGCGCUGGGCAUCGCGACCUUCGGCCCGGUGGAUCCGACGCCGGGGUCCAAGACCUACGGCCACAUCACGGCGACGCCGAAGAAGGCCUGGCGCCACAGCGACGUCGUCGGCGCGCUGACCGAGGGUCUGAACGUGCCGUUCGGCUUCGACACGGACGUCAACGCGCCGGCGCUCGCGGAGUACCGCGCGUCCGUGAGGGACGGCGAGGCCCUGAGCUCCGUCGCCUACGCCACGGUGGGCACGGGCAUCGGCGUCGGCCUGGUCGUGAACGGCGGCUGCGUCCACGGCCUGCUCCACCCCGAGGCGGGCCACAUCUGCGUGCCCAGGCUCGCGGGCGACGCCUACGAGGGCCACAACCCGUCCCUCGACUGCGCGAACUGGUGCGAGGUCGAGGCCAUGGCCGCGUCGGGCGCGCUCGCCGCGCGCGCGGGCCUGAAGGACUCGGCGGGCCUCAAGGACCUGCCCGACGACGACGGGGUCUGGGACGCCGCGGCCCACUACCUCGCGGCCAUGUGCGCGAACCUCGUGCUCACCGUGUCGCCCCAGCGCAUCGUGCUGAGCGGCGGCGUCAUGCUCCGCGCGUCGCUGUUCCCGAAGAUCCGCGCCAAGAUGGUCAAGAUGCUCAACGGCUACAUCCCGCCCCUCGACGCGCAGGCCGCGUGCUCCGUCGUCGUCAAGUCGCGCUGGGGCAACAACGCCGGCAUCGUCGGCGCCCUCACGCUCGCCGAGGACGCGCUCGGCGCCGCGCCCGCGCCCAAGGCGGACCUGCUCCUCCCGCUCCUCGCCUGCGCCGCCGGCGCGGCCCUCGCCGCGCUCCUCCGACGGUAGGCGCCGGCGGUCCCGCGCCUCUAUAUCUCCUCGGCGCU